AUGACGGAAGUUGGCCUCCUAAACUUCAGAACCACGGACUUUGCCCCAGAGACUAUCCAAAACUUCAUCAAGGCCCAGGAAAAACAAUGCGUCCUCUCAAAGCACCCGACCCUCUUCUUCAGACAGGUGGAAGACCCGAAGAAGGUCUACAUAAUCGGAGGAUGGGAAAAGAACAGAAGUCCCAUCGCAAAGUGGUUUGUUUCUCAUGACCACCUGGCGUGCGAGAAGCUGCGAACAGAUGACCUGGAAGGUGAUUGGGUGGUUCAUUUGGAACUUGAUAUGGGCUUACGCUUGAUUCAGUGUGGUGCUGCUAGAAUCCCGCUCAGUGCACCCGUCGUUGCGAUCACGCGGUACUUCGUUCGGCCGGACAAGACGAAGGAGUUUGAUGCAUCGUAUGAGAGUUUGAUUGCCCGGCACGCGGCGAACGAGGCUCCUUACUCCUACGCCGGUGGAUGGCGGAUCGGUGGUAGAGGCCUGAAUAAGGAAUUCGUGUUCUUGACUGGUUGGAAUGAAGUGGGGGAUUAUCAUCUAUUCGCUGCUAAGCACGUUAAGGAUUUGUUCGAGGGGAUCAAGUCUUCGCUUAAGUGCAUUCAGAUUAAGCAGAUGCGGCCGGAGACGUGGGAGUGA